AUAUUGGCUGCCAAACAAGCUUAGAUUUCAGUUCCUUCUCUCGUUUUCUGCAGCACUCUCAAAGAACCAAUGGCAUUCCGUCUUUUUCCCAUCUUUGUUCCUCUAGCUGUGGCACUGGUGGCAAGCCACGCUGCUCUGUCACCCGAGGCCUAUUGGAAGACUGUACUGCCAAAUACCCCAAUGCCAAAAGCUGUUAGAGAACUUCUACACCCUGGUAUCUGCCCUCCUUUAUAUUUGUGGAUAAUGAGUGUAAAUCACCAAAAUGAGAUUUAGAUCAAAGAGACCGUGUGUGUACCUGCGUAGGAAAAAUACACAGAAGGCUUAUGAGUCAUGCCUUUUUUUUUUUCAGUUAUAUAUCACAAUAACCUGCUGUUGGAAAU